AUGCCGGGGCUUGGUGACACGCAAUUUAGGAAUGAAUUUAAUAACCUUAUGAGGGCCCAACAUCCAAAUAUUACCCGGUUGGUUGGCUAUUGCUAUCAUCUAGGACAUCAACGCAUUAAGUACAAAGGUGAAUAUAUUUUUGCCCAUGUGGAAGAAAGAGUUCUCUGCUUCGAAUACUUGCAAGGUGGAAGCCUUGACAAGCAUAUUUCUGAUGAAUCAUGUGGACUCGAUUGGCAGACACGUUUCAAAAUUAUUAAGGGAGUUUGUCUGGGUUUGAAUUACCUUCAUAAUGGAUCCAAAGAUCCGAUUUACCAUCUUGACUUGAAACCUGCUAAUAUAUUGCUGGACAAGAACAUGGUCCCGAAAAUUGGAGAUUUUGGUUUGUCAAGACUCUUCCCUUCAGCACAAACCUAUAUCACUAUCAACAUUAUAGGAACACCUGGAUACAUGCCACCAGAAUACAUUGAUAGAAACGAAAUCACAUCAAAGUAUGAUGUAUUCAGCCUGGGUGUUAUAAUCUUACGGAUAAUGGCAGGAGAUGAGGGCUACUCCAAAUGCGCACAUAUGUCUUCGCAAGAAUUUCUUGAGCAUAUACAUGAAAACUGGAGAAAACAGUUUCAGGGAACAAUGUUGUCACAUACAUCAGAUCAAGUUAAGACAUGCAUCGAAAUAGCAUUAAGGUGUGUGCAGGUUGACCGUGAGAAAAGGCCUACCAUAGCCAAGAUUGUCGAUGAACUAAACAAGGUUGGUACAGUUCACCUGUAG